AUGGACAAUCACCCUCAGACGCUCUCCACGCGGCCGGACAUCAUCGGCGACGAAGCCGCGGACGCGCUGAAACCACUGCAGGACCAGAUGAAAGCGUUCAGCAGCGAUGACGCGUACCGAAACAUCCGCAAGGAGUUUAACUGGGACGGCCCGAUCGCGCCGGGGGAUAAGACGUGGGCGGGGAACCCCGCGGCGAGGACGCUGUACAAGACGUUAUCCGCGGAGCCCGUGGCGGCGGCGUCAAUCGGACAGGUGUACAAGGGCACGCUGUGGGACGAGGACGCGGACGGGUGGGAGAAGAGGGCAACUGACACUGACGGCGCCGCGAUCGACGUCGCGGUGAAGGUGCAGCGGCCGGGGGUUUUGCGUCAGAUCGCGCUGGAUCUGCACAUCGCGCGGCUCGCGUUGAUCUGGGUCGAGGAGAGCGGCUUCAACGGCAGCACGGGAUUGGCGAACAUCGUCGACCGCGUCGGGGCGGGGAUCUUCCAGGAGCUGGACUACACCGUGGAGGCGAGGAACGCGGCGGACUUCCGACGGAGCUUGCGGUUCAUGGACUUUCUGUUCGUGCCGAGGCACUACGCGAAGUUGACCGGACGACGCGUGCUGACGCAAGAGUGGAUCGUCGGAAAGCCGAUGAAGGAACUGUCGGACGACGAGCAGUUCCGCAUGGUGCAGAUGGGCGUCGAGUGCUCGAGCGCGCAGCUGUUCCGCACCGGGCUCGUGCACGCGGACCCGCACGAGGGUAAUAUGCUGUACACCCCGGAAGGGAAGCUCGCGCUGCUCGACUUUGGGUUGGUGUGCAGAGUGAACAACGCGCAACAAGAGGCGAUGGCGGGGUGCAUCCUGAACAUUUUGAACCGGGACUGGGGC